AUGCAGUCAAUGAUCGACAAGAUGAACCGGAUGUUGGGCGAUCCUGCUGAUGCUAUUAAAACAUUGCUUUCCAACAUUGACGAGUUUGGCACGACUCAAGCUAUGGCCAAGAUGAUUCAAGCAGGCUUUUUGGAGAAGCGCGAUCCGUACAUUGCCAACUUGAUCAACAUGUUCCGCGUGAGCCAGUUGAAAGACUUGAAGAAAAAGGCAAAGGUCCAUGUUCCGAAGGGUGCCUUCUUACUUGGUGUCAUGGAUGAGACUAUGACGUUGCAAGAAGGCGAGGUGUUCUGCCAGAUCUCAGGCAAGUCCAACAAAGGCCGAAGCAAGCGCACUAUUCAAGGAGACGUCGUUGUCUACCGUAACCCCUGCUUCCACCCAGGCGAUAUUCGUGUCGUCAAAGCUGUUGACAAUCCCAAGCUCCACCAUUUGACUGAUGUGCUCGUUUUCAGCGCCCAAGGUUUCCGUGAUGUCCCUAGUAUGUUAUCCGGUGGUGAUUUGGACGGAGACGAUUAUACCAUUUUUUGGGAUGAAGAGCUGUUCCCAAAGAUACGAAAUUACGAGCCGAUGGACUACAAUGCUGAGGAUCCUGUCAGAGUAGACGAAGUCAAACUGAUUGAUAUCCAGAAGUUUUAUGUCAACUAUAUCAACAGUGACAAUCUUGGCACCAUUGCCAAUUCUCAUCUGGCUACUGCCGAUCGAUCACAGAAAGGCGCUCUCGAUGGUGCAUGCCUGCGCCUCGCGCAGAAACACUCUUUGGCAGUCGAUUUCCCUAAAACAGGGAAGCCGGCGAAGGUUGAAGAAGACUUGAGAGUACAUGUGUACCCGGAUUUUAUGGAGAAAAAAGACAAGGAGUCCUACGAGUCGCAAAAGGUUCUGGGCAAGAUGUACCGUGCCAUCGAUAAAUCAGACUACCGGGAAUACCAGUCGCACCUGGUUGACAACACUGUAUAUGACGUCCGUUUGCGUGUGCCUGACAUGGAGCGCUACAUUCAAGAAGCGCGAAAACUCAAAGGCGAAUAUGGGCGAGAUCUGCUAGCUUUAAUGAAUCAAUACGGUGUACAAACCGAGUCGGAAAUUGUAUCUGGCUACAUCGUAAAAUGGUUGAAGAAAAGCAACAAAAAGAGCAUGCACGAAAUACACAAGCAGACCAUGGGAUCCGUCUUAAGCAUGAGAAAAGUGUGGCGUGAUCGAUUCGAGCAAGGCCUCGAGGACAAGCCGGGUGCCCGUCAUGCCAAAGCUGCAGCUUGGUAUUACGUGGCUUACCAUCCCGACGAACGCAUUAAAGACUUUAGCGACGAGGGCAGGUUCCUUAGCUUUCCAUGGGUUCUUGUCGAUAUCAUUUGCGAGAUCGCAAUCAUGAAUAAUGACCGCGUCCCGGCUGAAGAUCAAGCGAAACCAGUGGACGACGCAUUGGUCAAACGUCUUGCAGCAUCCCAAAACUCCAUUAAAAUAUCGAUGAUUUACAGCUCCGACGAUGAGGACGACGAAACUGAUAUUACCGACGAUGAAGAUGAAAACGAAGACGACGAAGAUGAGGAGGAGCAGGAGCAGAAACAGGAAGUAGGAGAAAAAAGCGAUGACAACGAUGAAGACGACGACGAGGAUGACGAGGACAACACAGCCAUCAAGUCGUUUGUGCUGUCAGCAAAACCGCAAAUACAAGAUAGCCCAGCGCAUACAACAUCUCCCGUACCACAGCACAAUAAUACUUUUACCACCCUCGGGGCGAACGCCACUGAGGAAGAGCUGGCAAAUGCGCUACUCAACUAA